AUGGAAGCCAUUGGAGUUCUGAUGGCUGGCCCUAUGUCGCCUUACCUCGAGCAAGAACUGGACAAGCGGUUCAAGCUCUUCCGGUUCUGGAAAUUCCCUCAGAAAACCGAAUUCUUGAAAGAAAACUCCAAUUCGAUACGGGCAGUCGUCGGCUACACCACGGCCGGCGCUGAUGCUCAGUUGAUUGACUCGCUGCCCGGUUUGGAGAUCGUCGCGAGUUAUAGCGUGGGAUUGGACAAGAUUGAUUUGGAGAAGUGUAAGGAGAAGGGGAUUAGGGUGACCAACACGCCCGAUGUGUUGACUGAGGACGUGGCGGAUUUGGCGAUCGGAUUGAUUUUGGCGACUCUGAGAAAGAUGUGCGAGUGUGAUCGGUAUGUGAGAAGUGGGUUGUGGAAGAAAGGGGACUUCAGAUUGACUACUAAGUUUAGUGGCAAAUCAGUUGGUAUUAUUGGAUUAGGCAGGAUUGGCUCAGCAAUUGCUAAGAGAGCUGAAGCAUUUGGAUGUCCAAUCAGUUACUUCACUAGAUCAGAGAAACCUGAUUCAGAAUACAAAUACUACCCUAAUGUCAUUGACUUGGCCUCCAACUGUCAAAUCCUUAUCGUUGCAUGCCCAUUAACCAGUGAAACUUGUCACAUCAUCAACCGGGAAGUCAUCAAUGCAUUGGGUCCGAAGGGCAUCCUUAUUAACAUUGGGCGAGGCCCUCAUGUUGAUGAACCUGAGCUGGUAUCAGCUUUAGUUGAAGGACGGUUGGGUGGAGCCGGCCUAGAUGUGUUUGAACAUGAACCUGAAGUGCCAGAACAGCUCUUUGGGCUUGAUAACGUGGUCCUCUUGCCUCAUGUAGGAAGUGCCACAGUGGAAACUCGUAACGCCAUGGCUGACCUUGUCAUUGGGAAUUUGGAGGCUCACUUUUUGAAGAAACCACUGUUAACUCCAGUUGUUUGA